AUGGAAACUGCAACUCCGUUAGAGCAAUACGCUGCUUUUGACUUUGCCAACGACGACGAAUAUCAGGGAACCUCGGCUUCUUCGUCAUUCACCAGAGCGGCCUGGACAGUCUCAUCGCAGGAGGUGUCCUUGCAAACGACCCCCCAGAGGAGAUCAGACAGGAAAUAUUUCGUCGGACGCGCGUAUUCUAUUUCAAUCGGUGCGUUCGGUUUAUUUUCCAUCGCAGCGUUAACACCGGCUAGAGUGACUGAACAAGAGCUCUCUAUCGACGCUGUAAGGGAAUACGAGCUUUCCCUCUCUGAAGCACCACCACAAGAGGCGCAAAAUACGUCCAGUAUACCAUCCGCAGACAACGACACCGAUUCCGAGCCGGUCGUGCUUUCGUUUACUCAACUCAAGGCUCUCAUCGAGGCAGGCAAAGAGGACGAGAUACCCAACAACAAGGUCAUUCCGGAUGGACUGAAUGAACAACCACCCAGUAUUUCGUCUGCAGCAGCCAAAAAGAAGCCAUGGGAGAUUUCCGCAGAAAAUGUACUUAUCGACAAGGGUCAAUAG